UUAAUUAUUAUUAAGAAUCCGUGAACUUAUCAUCAACGUAACUGCUACGAAAUGUUUAAAUUAAAAAUUGUUUCGUGCAUUUUGUUUUUAAUUUUUCUAAUUUUUUUAAAAUUUCAAACUAUUAAAGCGGAUGCAGAGGAGUGUAACAAAAUCUUAAUUGAAGGUGGAGAUCGUGCACUCAAAAAAAUAUUCAAUGAUUUUGAGGAUAUUAAAAGCAUAGUUAGAGAUCUGAAAACAAAUGAUGGAGUCUGUCAGAAAUGCAACAAAUGUGUGGAUAACGCAGAUUUGCAAUUUUUUGAUGCGCGUGUGGAUCAGAUACCUGAACACUGCCACAGGACAACUCUACCCAAAGAUUGUGCUGCCGCCACUGUUUGCACAAAACGCAGUGGUAUCUACAAAAUUCAAGUAGAGCAGUACAGCAAAGAACCUUUCUAUGUACCUUGUGAUGAUGAAACCGAAAACGGUGAUUGGUUGGUAAUACAAAGACGUCAAGAUGGUUCAGUGAAUUUCUAUAGAGAUUGGCUGGAAUAUGAAAAAGGAUUUGGUGACAUUGAGGGAGAGUUCUUUAUAGGCCUAAAAAAAUUACACGCUCUUACUAAUUACAAUGGUCCGCAGGAGUUAUUGAUUGUUAUGGAAGAUGUUAAUGCGACCAGAGCAUAUGCGAAAUAUGAUGCAUUUGCCAUAGGCAAUGAAACAGAAUCGUAUAAAUUGAAAAGAUUGGGAAAAUAUACUGGAACAGCAGGAAACUCUUUUCAACGACAUAUUGGCAUGAAAUUUUCCACAAAAGAUCGUGACAAUGAUGAAAAUCCUAAUGGUAGUUGUGCGGUUUCGUAUACAGGUGCGUGGUGGUAUACUUACUGUCAUAACAGUAAUCUCAAUGGCAAAUAUGGCGACAAUACUCAUGGCAAAGGUAUCAAUUGGAAAACAUUUCGUGGUCAUAAUGUUUCUCUCACUUAUGUUAAAAUGAUGUUACGACGCAGUAGAAAUAUAUAAUUAAAAUUAGUCCAACCGUAUAACUUAUCGUAAUUGUAAUGAAAAAAACCCCAAGUAUAAUUUUAAAUAAACUUUGUAUCGUAA